AUGUUUUUUCUUUUGAUAUUACUGGUAAGAUCUACAGUUGGCGACGAUGAGAAAACAUGUGUUAAGUUUGAAGGAACAAAAGCAUUUCAGUGUUUACAUACACUUCAUGAUAUCAGUAAAAAUGCAGGUUCCAUUGACUUUUACAAGAAAGAAGAUUCUGAUAAAAUGAACAUGAUGUGUGAAGGAUUUACAGUGUGCGCCGAGUAUUUGAAAUGCAAAGCUGAAAUUAAAGUAGUUUAUUACAUCGACAAAAUUGUUUCAUUUUGUGCUGCCACUGGAUUCCUAUCAACUGAUUUCAAAGAAUGUAAUCACAAACUAUACGUACAAAACUCUACGUGUGUUCAAGAGUGGGAACCACUACCCGAUCCAGUGGAGGACCCUGUGGAAAUGGCAGCGAUUCAAAAAGAAGCAUGUAAAAAUAUUCUGGGAAAGGAAAGUUGUGUGGAAAAGGAAAUAAUUGAAAAUUGUAAUGUCGAAUUGGCCGUGAAUUUUCGCAAACACUUCCUCGCACUGCACAGAAUAAUUGGAGCAUGUGAGAAUCUAUGA